CGACUAGAAAAAGUAAGGGGGAGGUCAAAAUGUGAACGUAUCUAAUAAACAGAAAAGUGACUAAGUUGUGGAAUUAGCUUAUGAUGUAUUUCAAGGCGCAUAGGGCCGCAGUCUUCCAAUGGCAACGUUGGAUAUUCGAAGAACAAACGUUGACAGGUUACUUGGCAACCCAGGACGCCUUGGUACUGUGGAGGACUGCUGAACCUAAAAUAACUUUUUUCUUCUAAGAUAACUAUUUGUGCGGCAUUAAUCCUAUUGCUUAUAUUUCCUAGCACGUAACUGAAAUACACACUCCAGUAAGAACAAAGUAAGCGUUGGGUUUUAGUCUGUCCAUUGGUACGAAGGAAUGUCGCACCACGAAGUUAGACUGGGAGCCUUUGCUGCUUUUGAGAAAGCACUCAAAUCCUCCUGUUUAGACGAAUUCCCAAGUGGCAUCGGUUCUUGGAAUAUAUCCUACAAAAGUAUGAAGACAAACAAAAUUUCUAAGCCAGCAAAAUCAGGUGCUGAAGAUGACGAUGUAGAAGCAGAAAUGGAAAACACAGAUUCUUUAAUCGAAUACUUGACAGAAAAGCGGUCCCCCUGGGCCCUAGAAGAGGAGGGUUGGAGCAAAGAGAUAUUGGAUCUGAAACAACUGUUGAUAAAAUCUCCCUGGCUUUUGAAAGAAACAUUCCUAUAUUCCUUCUUCAGGUCACUGAGGCUUGUAGAUAAAAAUGUAUGUGACAUCGAUGAAUGGAUUCUUACAUUAUGCAACCUAGAAGAACUUACACUAAGUGCAAACAAGAUCAGCAAAAUACAAUUUCAGAACUUGCCUCGAAAACUAAAGGUAUUGGAACUUGGCAGCAAUGACCUGUCUAGUCUUGGUUCAAGUUGCUCCAGUGCCCCUCCUGAGCUGCAACACCUAGGACUUGGACAGAACAAGAUUAGCAGCAAUACAGAGUGCAAGUAUUUCACAGCAGAAUAUUGGCCAAAUCUUGUAUCUCUGGACCUAAGCUUUAAUAACCUUGAUGAUGUAUGUGGAAUUGUUUCCAAGAUUGUAACUCUGAGAAAGCUAAGGCUGUUAAUGCUGCAAGGCAAUCCCCUGUGUCUUACCCCCGGAUACCGUGGCUUCAUUGUGGACAGUCUUCCAAAACUAAGUGUACUUGAUGAAAAGUGGAUCACCCCUGAUGAGAAGCAUCACUUCAGAGGACUUGCUGAGACCAAAGAUCUUUUUGUGAGUGCAGCACAAGUGCUUGUGAAUUUUGGAAAGCUUAAAGGUGUUCCAGAACCUGUCAGUCCUCUGCAGCCUGACUUGCCUGAAUUUCCACAUAUAACCUACAAUUACUAUGUGACCUAUGAAUUCAUUCAGCAUACAAUAGAUAAUACAUUGUUAGAGUCUGCUGAAUCUCAGAAAUGCAGUGAUAUCAAGUCUCCUUUGCUGCAAGUAGACAAUGAAUCAAGUUAUGGUCAAGAUACAGAAGAAUCUAGUCCUCCUGAAAUGGGCCCUGAACCAGUGCAACACACCUCUUUACCAGCAGAUGGACCCUGUCAGCAAGUUGCUAAGUAUCAUACUACAGGGAAGUCAUGGGCAAAUGUCAUUGAAUGUAACUACAAAAAAGAACACCUGGUGACUGACCUCUGCUCUCUGAAGAAUUUCCUGUUACGGGGUCCUAUGGUGACAGUGAAAGAGGAGAAGAUUCUUUCUUGGCCUGCUGAUAAAACAGAACAGUCUGAGCUUGUGAAGCCUUCAUCUGAAAAAAAAGGAGGUGAAAAAGAAAAAGGGAGUAAUAAGGGUGGUAGAGGCAGUGCAAAAAAGAAAAAGAAAGAUGCCUCGGUAGAACUUCGCCAUGAUCCACCUAUCGUGAGAGAACUGGGCUCUCUUUUUAUAAAACUAGAGAAUCUCAUUUCAGGGGACUAUGUUUUUAAGACUGUGUGUGAUUUUGGCAUUAUUAGCACUGAGCAAACAGAGAAAGCACCACUUCCAUUAGAUAAAAAGGACCAAAUAAAAGUACACAAUAAGAAAGAUGACAAAAAAGCAAUAAAGACUGGUAGAGACAGUGUAUCAAGUCAAAGUACACCAGCAUCCUCAUCUAAAGGUAAGGCAAAAGGAAAAGGAAUGAAUGAAAAUGAGGGAUCAGAAGUGGAACAACCUGCCCAGCCUGUGCAUCUCAGUGUGGAAUUUGAAGUACGACUGUGUCACUGGGAAUCAACAGCAGAAGCAGUAGCAGCAACACAGAAGCAAGAAUGAAAAUAAUUGCCACUCACACAGUCUCAUUUACAUAUUCUUAAAAUAUUUACAUGCUGCACUAUGGUUGAUGUUCAAGCUAUUUUUUGACAGGAAGGUGUUCAUACUAUAAAUAAAAACAUGAAACAAAGAUGUUGCAACAAAAA